GCGUAGGCGUGCUUACGUGCUUUUCGACCCUCCCUAAGCAUGACCGCAUCUUCCACGCGUCUUUUCCCAACCGAUUCAAUCCUCACGGCGAGCAACACCAAUCUCUAAUCGCGAGUCCAUUCGCUCCGCCAUUAUGCUCAGCGGCCCUCCUCGCAUCGUUCCCCUCGUCUUCAUCGCCAUAAUCCUCGUUCUAGGAUGGUGGUAUCUUCAGACGGGUCCGGCGAUUCCAAUACGACAACCCGGGAAUUCGCUACAGUCGACACCAACAUACCGCGGCGACCCGCUCGAUUUUGGCAUACCGCUACGAUUCACAGAUGGGCAACCGAAGCCACAAGGCAACAAUUAUACCUUCAAGAUUGUGAUACCGAAGACGAUGAAGGAAGAUAUUAGUUGGAUGGCGGAGGAGAUACCACAUGCGCCGAUAGUUGUAUAUGAGGUGGACAAUCCCAAGGCUGAGAACAAGGUCCCCAAGAAUAAAGGUCGCGAGGCAAUGGUAUACCUCACAUACAUCAUCGACAACUACAACGACCUCCCCGACACCUCGCUCUUCAUGCACUCGCACCGUCACGCAUGGCACAAUAACCAACUCAUGGGCAUCGAUGCUGCCCAGAUUGUCAACCGCCUGAACCACGGGCGAGUCGCACGCAUGGGCUAUAUGAACGUGCGAUGUCAUCACGACCCAGGCUGUCCCGAUUGGAUUCACAUGGACCGCCCCGGCGGCGACUUUGACUUCUUCCGCAAGCCCGAGGAAAUCUACUGGCGCAAAAGUAUAUGGGAGGAGAUACACCCUGGCGCGUCCAUUCCACCCUCGUUGUCGGGAAUCUGCUGCGCGCAAUUCGCCGUUUCAAGAGACAGGAUUAGACAGGUGCCCAUCGAGCGAUUCAUACAUUACCGGAAAUGGCUCCUCACAACAGCCAUGGACGACCAGUUCUCCGGCCGCAUCUUCGAGUACAUUUGGCACUACAUCUUCACGGGCCAUGAGGUUUACUGCCCUGCAAUGAACACAUGUUAUUGCGACGGCUAUGGCAUCUGCCUCGGCGGACGCGCAAAGUUCGACGAAUUUAUCAAGAUGCAGGACGAUCGGAACGCCAAAUUCGGGAAGCUGGACGAAUACAACAAGCGCGAAGACAAAGCAAAAGAAGAAGGAAAGGAGCCAGACUUUACGGAGGAGGAAAAGACGGCCAGGCAGGACCUGAACACGGAGAUUAGAGCCAUGGAUAUGGAGAUGGAAGGAUUAAGGCAAGAGGCGAUGAAGAGAGGCAAGGACCCUAAAGCAAGGAUGGAGGAAACGGAGACUUAUGACAGCUCGCACAUUUGGGAGUAUGCACCACAUGGGAAUCAAUAGAGGUUUCCUGGGUACAUGAAGGCAGAGCAUAAUGUUUGGCGUUUGGGCAGGGGGCUCGUGGGCGUCUUAUCUUAUUGGUUUAUUACUUUUUGGGGUAUGACCAAAAGAAACGCUUAGAUGCUGGUACACGGUCAACGUUUCAAUGCAAUUUCUCACAUCGUUGUUUGUUUGUACAACUCUGGGAGUUUGCUGUCAUGCUCAGGCUGAGUGACUCAAUACAUGUUCCUCUUUCUUCCCCACGCGUAUAUUUGGGAUCUACCCC